UAUAAAACCCUCAUCUCAUACAUACAUCUCUAUAGAGUGAUAAUAGUUUCAAUUUUGUAUGCAACCAUGUCCAUCCCAGCUUCUUAUGCCAUCUUGGCUGCAGUUUCCUUGGCAGUGAUCAUAAUGCCCAUGGCUAUGCCACUAGUUGAGGGAUCCCGCACUUUCUUCGUCUUUGGCGACUCGCUAGUCGACAACGGCAACAACAACUACUUGGCUACUGCUGCACGAGCCGACUCUCCUCCUUAUGGCAUCGACUUUCCGACUCAUCGUCCCACCGGCCGUUUUUCAAAUGGUUAUAGCAUUCCUGAUCUCAUCAGUCAAAAACUUGGUGCCGAAUUAAGUUUGCCAUACUUGAGUCCCGAGAUGAAAGGGCAAAAGUUGCUGGCUGGUGCAAACUUCGCCUCAGCUGGAAUCGGAAUUCUCAAUGACACAGGGAUUCAGUUUGUAAACAUAAUAAGAAUACAUGAACAAUUUAAGCUGUUCAAGGAGUAUGAACGAAGGGUCAGGGCUCUAAUUGGAGAAGAAGAGACAAAGAAACUUGUCAAGAAGGCUAUAGUUCUGAUCACACUUGCUGGCAAUGAUUUUGUUAACAACUACUUCUUGACUCCAGUUAGCGCAAGAAGCCUUGAAUUUAAUAUCCAGGAUUUCUCCACCUAUCUCAUCUCUGAAUACAAGAAUAUUUUGCUGAGUCUAUAUCAGUUGGGAUUCCGAAAGAUUUUAGUCACAGGAGUAGGACCGAUAGGUUGUGCUCCGGCUAUGCUUGCGACUAGGAGCAUAAAUGGUCAAUGUGCAGAAGAGCCUAACAUUGCUAUGAAAAUAUUCAAUCCCCUUCUCAAGAAAAUGCUUAAAGAUCUCAAUCACGAGCUUGGCUCAGCAGCGUUUAUCGCAAUUAACUCACUGGAAAUGCAAAGCGAUGUCAUUUACCAUCCUCGCACCCAUGGUUUUAUCGUAUCGAAUGUAGCAUGCUGCGGACAGGGACCCUACAACGGGUUAGGACUUUGCACAGCUGCAUCGAAUAUAUGCCCGAAUAGGGAUCUUUACGUGUUUUGGGAUCCAUUCCAUCCUUCAGAAAAGGCAAACAGGAUAAUCGUCGACGCGAUGUUCAAUGGUUCUGAGAAGUACAUGUCCCCAAUGAAUCUAAGCACAAUCAUGGCCAUGGAUUCCAUGACGUAGAUGAUAUAAGAUUAAUGAUAUGUUUGGUGAGGUGAAUUGCAGAACUUAAAAAGAAUAAAACUCUCUUGGUUCUUGUAAUAUUUAGUCCUGCUCAAUAUGGUGCACCUACCAAGUAUGCCCCAAAAAUAGUAUAUAUGUCAAGUUUGUGUAA